AUGUCUGCUUUACAGUGGUUAGCUAAACGCAGAUUGAUAAAAAACAGAGUGUAUUGCGAAAACUGCAACACACAGUUUGGUUUAAAUGCCUAUCAAGAUGCAGAGGAUGGUUACCGGUGGAAGUGCAAAGGGUGCAAUAAGCGCAAAAGCGUAAGAGAUGGUUCCUUUUUUAGCCAAACUGCUAUGAAGGACGCUCCCAACACAUUAGCUGAUGAUUGGGCAAACUUUUGCAGAGAUGUUUGCGAAGUUGAUUUGGAGACAAAUCCGUCCUUUAUUGGAGGAACCAAUGCUGAUGGGACACCAAUUGUUGUUGAAAUUGACGAGUCCAAAUUUUUUCAUCGAAAAUACCAUCGUGGUCAAUGGCGCCCAGGUCAUUGGGUGUUUGGUGGUAUUGAGAGGGAGUCUCGAAAAUGUUUUUUGGUUGAACUUCCAGAUCGAACUGCGGCAACUCUCCAAAAUUGUAUAUUGCAGUUUAUUUUGCCUGGUUCACAUAUCGUUUCGGAUGGAUGGACAUCUUAUGCUGGAAUAGAAAACCUACAUAAUGGAAUAUAUUCCCACGCAGUUUUCAUCCAUGAACGGAAUUUUGUAGACCCUUAUGAUAACGACACACACACCCAGAACAUUGAAAAUCUAUGGAUGCGUGCUAAAUGAAAAUUGCGCCAGCAGUUUGGAAC